GAAAAGUUGAUACGCAUGGACCCCGCAGGAGAGUAGUUCAACUUAAAUGCGAUUUUAAAGCAGAAGAAGCUCAAACAAAGGCAUCUGUGUAUUAGAAUCGAUUCAGUUUAUACGUCGUGAAGCUAAAAGUCAGCGUGAACCAGCACUGGGGCGGUCGCACCUUUCGCACCUUUUCCUUAUUUCUGUCUAUAGGUUGAGUGUCGUUAGGUUGAUCUGCACGCCGCUUUGCAGAUCCGGUUGAUUGUGUUGUUUAUAUUGUGUGAAGUCAGCCGUAGGCGUCGUUAAAAUGGUGUUCUUCACCUGUAACGCGUGUGGAGAAUCCCUGAAGAAAGCUCAGGUUGAUAAACAUGUGAACAUGUGCCGGGGUUGCCAGGUCCUUUCUUGCAUCGAUUGUGGAAAAGACUUCUGGGGGGACGACUACAAGAACCACAUCAAAUGUGUCAGUGAGGAUCAGAAGUAUGGAGGUAAAGGCUUCGAGGCUAAGGCAAACAAAGGAGACGUGAAACAGCAGCAGUGGAUCCAGAGAGUACAUGAAGCCAUGAACAAGCCUGGUGUCAGUGCGAAGCUGAAGGAUGUGCUCAGACAAGUCAGUGCAUAUGAUAACGUCCCGAGGAAGAAGGCAAAGUUUCAGAACUGGAUGAGAAACAGCCUGAAAAUAGGCAACACAAGUCUGCAUGAAGAAGUUUGGGAGAUCCUUGCUGAAGCUGACAAACCUCCAGCGGCCCCACAGGAGACAAAAGAAGCCAAACCGUCAGUGGAUGAAGUCAAAGCGAAUACUAAUGGCAAUGAAAAGCAGAAUGGAAAUCCUGACGUCAAAAAGAAACUUAAUAAACGUGAGCGCAAAGAGGCCCGUCAGCAGAAGAAUGGGAAAGCUGUAAAAGCUGCUGAAAAGCCCGAUGCGCAGGAGCCGGAGCAAGAGCAGGCUGGGAAAAAAAAGAAAAAGGACAGGAAGAGGAAGCACAGCUCUGAGACAGAAGAGGAGCAGAACGGGCAUGAUGCUGUUAGUGAGACAUCCAGCAAGAAAUCAAAGACAAUCCACCCAGAAGAAGAAGAAGAAGAUGAUGAUGAAGACUCAAAGGACGAUCAAGAGGUUCCCAAAGGCAAAUUUAACUGGAAGGGAAACAUCAAGGCAGUGCUGAGAGAAUCACCUGACCAGGAACUGGCAGUCAAGAAACUCAGGAAAAAGGUUUUGGCAGCCUACUACUCUUUUGCUGGAGAGCAAAAUUUUAAAAAGGAAGAAGAUGUGCUAGCACUCUUCAACAAGAAGAUCAACAAAAAUCCCAAAUUUAGAGUUCUGAAAGAAAGAGUGAAGCUCGUGAAGUAGUUUGUAUUCUCACACAUUCGGCAUGAAAUGUAUGUUGUUCAUAGACUUUUAAAAUUGAAAAGCCUUUGUUUUCCUCCAUCCUCCCCUGGGUGUUCCUAUGCAGAUGAUUUAAUCUUAAAGAUUAAAACUUUUUAUUACUGAA